UUGACAUGCACAUUCAGGCGAAAGGAGAGCUGUACGUGCUUGUGGUCGGCCCACUUUAUUCAUGCUCUGUCAAGACUGAUCUAGUACGGACUUUGUGAUACACAUAUUUACAGGUGCCAUGAAUGGGCUGAUUUUUAUCUUCUUAACCCUCCUGGUGAUGACUGUCCCGGUUGUUCAGAGCGGGAAUGUUCUUGUCUUUCCUGUGGACGGCAGUCAUUGGGUCAACAUGAACAUCUUGAUUGAGAAUCUUCACUCCAAAGGUCACAACAUCACAGUCGUCCGGAUGUCAGACAGCUGGUACAUCAAAAAAUCUUCACCUCACUACACCUCCAUCACUGUGAAUGCUCCUGGAGGGUUUGAUGAAGAAUCCUUUGAGACGUUUGCGUCCAGACUUAUGAGAAUUCAAAGAGGUGGUUCCACUUGGGCUCGUCUGAUGCUGGAGAUCGAGAUGUGGCAAACUACUCUGGAGAUCACCAAAACUGAAAGCGAGAUGAUUGAACAAAUGAUGGAAGAUGAGGGGCUAAUGCAGUCCUUUAAAGAUGCCAAAUUUGAUUUGAUGCUUACAGAUCCCCUGAUGUUUGGAGGUGUUUUGUUAGGGCAUUACCUGAAGUUACCCAUUGUCUAUAAUAUCCGCUGGACCAUGUAUAGUGAAGCUCACUUUGCCAUAGCUCCUUCGCCGCUUUCUUACAUACCCUUCCCAAUGUUGGAGUUAUCAGACCGUAUGAGCUUUUUUGAAAGAGUGAAAAAUGUUUUGAUGUACUACUUAUAUGAAACACAGGCUGCUGUUCUGUUUGGUCCAUAUUAUAAUGCACUUUGUGAACGAUUUAUUGGUCCAGGAGAAACCUUCUUCCCUUUGAUUCAAGCUGCUGAUCUGUGGCUCCACAGGGUUGAUUUUAUUUUUGAAUUCCCACGGCCCACUAUGCCAAAUGUUGUCUACAUGGGUGGCUUUCACUGUAAACCAUCAAAACCUCUUCCGCAAGAUCUCGAGGACUUUGUGCAGAGCUCUGGUGAUCAUGGUGUUAUCGUCAUGUCUCUGGGCACUCUCGUCGGUCAACUUCCUGAUGAUGUGGCAGAGGCCAUUGCUGAAGCGUUUGCUGAACUUCCACAGAAGAUCAUCUGGAGGUACAAAGGAAGAAGACCAUCUGCACUGGCAAACAACACCUUAAAAAUGGACUGGAUACCUCAGAAUGAUCUUCUGGGUCAUCCUAAAACCAGAGCUUUUGUGGCUCAUGGUGGAACCAAUGGAGUCCAAGAAGCCAUCUACCAUGGCGUCCCAAUCAUUGGAUUUGGACUCAUCUUUGACCAGCCUGAUAAUCUUUCAAAGAUGAGAGUGAAGGGUGUAGCCAAGAACGUAGACUUUGCCACAGUGGAUAAGGACUCCUUCCUAGAAACUGUCAAGGAGGUUCUUUAUAAUCCCAGUUAUCGGGAGAACAUGCAGAGGCUCUCAAGACUUCACAGAGACGUUCCAGUGAAGCCUCUGGACAGCGCCAUCUUCUGGAUUGAGUUUGUCAUGAGGCACAAAGGUGCCGCUCAUUUACGCACAGAGUCGUACAAAAUGCCCUGGUACUCGUAUCACUCUGUUGACGUCAUGUUGUUCCUGCUGUCUGCUGUGACGCUCAUAAUGCUGACCACAUAUGUGCUCAUCAGAUAUUUAUGCUGCAGAAUAUGUAGGAGAAAAAACUAACUAGAAUGAUUUUUUACAGAAAC